CAGGGAAACUCCACACCGACCUAUUCCAGUCCCUGCUAGUAUUGUCUUGUUGCAUUUAAGCCAAAUGCGCUAGCUCCUGCCAUCUAGAUAAAUAGAACUGAGUUCGUUUUCAGGGGCUGCACUCUCCUGCCUUCAGAGUCAGCCGCUAAGUACAGGGGAUGCCUCGAGCUCCGCUUCCACUGCUUCCAACAGGUCACGGAACAGGACCCGCUAUCGGACCAAAGCCAUGAACUCUGAGGUAGAUGAGAGCCUUUUUGGAGGUGUCAAGCCUCCACCCCAGGGCAAGAGUGACAGCCCUAUCGUGGUGCUCCGCGAUAAACACGCCGUCCGGAAAACUCUCACUGCUCUGGGCUUGGACCACAAGCCAGAGACAAUCCAGCUCAUCACCCGAGACAUGGUCCGAGAACUCAUUGUUCCCACAGAGGACCCCUCUGGGGAAUCCCUAAUCAUCAGCCCCGAGGAGUUUGAGCGGAUCAAAUGGGCAUCCCAAGUCCUGACCAAAGAAGAGUUGGAGGCCAGAGAGCAAGCCUUCAAGAAGGAGAAGGAAGCCAUCUUGGAAGCAGUGACGAUCCGCAAGAAGAUCAUGAAGCAGAAGGAAAUGGCCUGGAACAACAACAAGAAACUGAGUGACCUGGAGGAGGUGGCCAGGGAGCGGGCCCAGAACCUUCUGCAAAGGGCCAGCAAGCUUCGCAUGGAGCAGGAGGAGGAGCUCAAGGAAAUGACCCAGAUUAUUCUGAACGCCAAGUGCCACGCCAUCCGGGAUGCCCAGAUCCUGGAGAAGCAACAGAUACAAAAGGAACUGGACGCAGAGGAGAAGCGGUUGGAUCAGAUGAUGGAAGUAGAUCGGCAGAAAUCCCUUCAAAGGCAGAAGGAUCGGGAAAAGAAGAGGAAGGAGGAAAGACUGCGGGGAAAGCGGCAGAUCGUGGACCAGAUCAAGAGGAACGAGGAGGAGCGCUCACUGCUUGCAGAGCACCGUGAACAGGAGAAGGAGCAGAUGCUGGCCUAUCUGGAGCGGCUCCAGGAGGAAGAUUUGCAGGAUCUGGAACGAAGGCAUCAGGAAAAGCUGAAGAUGCAAGCUGAGAUUAAACGUAUCAACGAAGAAAACCAGAGACAGAAAGCCGAGCGGAUGGCACAGGAGAAACUGGCAGACCAGAUGGUGAUGGAAUUCACCAAGAAGAAGAUGGCUCGAGAGGCAGAGUUUGAGGCUGAGCAGGAAAGAAUCCGGAGGGAGAAAGAGAAGGAGAUUGCCCGCUUGAGGGCCAUGCAGGAGAAGGCCCAGGAUUACCGAGCAGAGCAGGAUGCCUUGCGCGCCAAGCGCAACCAGGAGGUCGCCGAUCGAGAAUGGCGCCGAAAGGAAAAGGAAAACGCGCAGAAGAAGAUGGAGACCGAGGAAAAACUGCGCAAAAGCCGGUUGGAUCAGGUGGCUUUCAAGGAACACACGCUGGCGGUCCAGGUGCAGCGGGACCGAGAUGAGUUCGAGAGGAUCCUUCGGGCUCAGAGAGAGCAGAUCGAGAAGGAGAGGCUGGAGCAGGAGAAAAAGGCGGCGGACCGCCUCCAGCACGCCAAUGAGCUCCGGCGGCAGGUGCGUGAGAACCAGCAGAAGCAGGUGCAGAACCGGCUCUCCACCUUCGAAGAGGGCCGGCGCCUCAAGGAGGAAGCCCAGAAGCGCCGUGAACGCAUCGAGGACAUCAAGAAACAAAAGCUGGACGAGCUGAGAGCAACUGGCCUUCCUGAGAAAUACUGCAUCGAAGCUGAGCGCAAAGCCAACAUCCUGCCAACCACUUCUGUGAACUGAAGCCUCUAUGGUCUUGGGG